ACCCCUCUGUCCACAAAUUCAUCUGAGCAACAUGGCAAGCCUACUACAUGGGACCAUGGAGUAGCUGAAAAUUUGUUCCUCAAGGGAGGAAAGAUAAGUGGUGGCAGACUUUUGUGUAAAACUACUACUCGGAAGAUCGUUUUAAAUCCGAGGUCUACCGUCUUUGGAAGUUGCACACACAAACAACAAUAUGCCAAAAGAUCAGUAAGAAGAAGAGACUGA